AUGGCGACCACGAAUCUCCGAUGCCCGCAACUAGCGGCGCCGGUUCAGCUGGGCCGGGCCAGGAGGAGGCCCAGCAGCCUAAUCCCAGUCGGGGCGCGCCAGGUGUCUAAAAUCCAGGCCUUUCAGCGCAGCGACAUUGACGGGUUCGCGAAGCGGAUAGCCUCCGGCGAGGCGUGGCAGGACGCGUGGCGGUCCGCGAACGACGGAUUCGAGCGGUUCUUGUUUGAGGCGAAGAAGACGGCCGAGCGGUUGGACAGGCAGUACUCGGUUUCGCGGCGGUUCGAUUCGCUCGCUCAGUCCGCCGUGAUUCGCGCGCGCGAGAUUGAUAGGGAGCUCGAGAUUGGGACACGCUGGCGCGCGUUCUCUAUGGAUUUCGCCAGAAACUUGCCUAGGUACAGGAAGCAGGUUAGUGAUUUCUUGGACACCCCAGUUGGGAGAAGCUUUGUGACAAUAUUCUUCCUGUGGCUUGCAUUAUCUGGAUGGCUAUUUCGGGUACUGAUAAUCGCUACAUGGGUGCUGCCAUUUGCUGCUCCUCUUGUUAUUGGAGCUGUUGCCAAUAACCUUGUGAUUAAGGGGGCUUGUCCUGCUUGCAAGAGGCAAUUUGUUGGUUACAAGAACCAAAUAAUUCGAUGUCAAAGCUGCGGAAACACUGUGUGGCAGCCGAAGAAAGGAGGAGGACCAGACUUCUUUAACAGGGAUAGGGGAGGCUCUUCAAAGAAAGAGCCGGAGAUUAUUGAUGUGGAGUUUGAGGAGAAAUGAAGAGAUACUCCAACUUGUGGAAGAUCACCUCAUGGUAGUUUCUUUCAUUACAUACAGAGAUCAAUGACAGCUGAUUUUCACGUCUUCAAUAUAAAGUCUUGGUCGUAGUUUCCAUCUUGGUGUAUAUUAUGCCUCCCGACUUUGUAUAUCUAGUUAGAUGGUUGUGAAACAAAAUGUAUGGCCUUUCUUUGAUUAUAGAACGUUUAUUAUAAUAGACAGGUGUGUUAUAGUCUUAAGUCCGAUCAAGUUUGUUGGUAAUCAGUAAAAU